UCUGAACUUUCUGUCACCUUGUAGACUGGCAUUGAAUUAUUCACAUUAUUGGAAACGGAUUAGUAUAUUCUCAAUCUAAAUUCGGAUUCUAUACAUUGUAAUACAUGAACAUGUAUUUCAAUGGAUAAACAUGAUUUAGUGCUUAGGUUUGGAGAAUGACAAAUUCACUUUAUCAUCACAAUUAAAACGUGAGGCAUGAAAACACCAAAGAUGAAGGCAAAAAAGGAAAAUAUGAACUCAAACAAGUCAGUAAGUGAAAAAGAGGAAGACUCUUCGAUAAAAAGUAUUUUGUCAACAUUUGCUUUAUCAACAACUGCACAUGGAUGUUCUCGAAUUGACCAGUCGCGGUCUGUCAGUGCUAAACUUAUUUGGAUGGCAAUAUUUGUGGCAUGCUUGUUUGGGGCAACAGUGUGCAUAAUUUCACUUUUAGAAAAGUACUUUCAGUUUCCGACUAAAGAUGUUGUAGAGGUGGCAGACGAUCCAAUUUCAUUUCCGUCUGUCAGUUUUUGUAGUUUGAAUCCUUACCCAUCAUCUUAUCGGAGCAAAAUAGCAAAAAUGAAGCCAGAAAAUCGUUUCCUUGAGGUAUAUUCAACAUUGGGUAACUUCGAGGCACAUGUCCUUAAUAAAUCAUUCCCGCUGUAUGAUCGGAUGUUUCCAAAUCAUCACAACAUAAAGUCAUACAAGUGGAUGUAUGAUAAUGCCCCAAAUGAGGAUGAAGCUUUAUCUAUUGGGCAUGACCUGGAAGACAUUUUGCUUUCUUGUUCAAUUGCUGGCGAUGACUGUAACAUUUCGCAAAUUGAAUCAUUUAUAAACCCAUAUUUCUUCAAAUGCUACACCAUGAAUCCGAAGGAUUUCAAUGAUUCCUCGGUUGAGCCACUUGUUCAUUCUACAGGAGCUGUCAAUGGGCUAAGUGCAUUAUUUUUCCUUGAUAUUGGAACAGCAAAACGGAUAUACAAUCCAACAUCUCCAUUAGGAGGGAGCAGUGGUCUUCUCGUCGUUAUCCAUCCCCCGGGAACUCAACCUGACCCACUCCAAAACGGCUUUAAUAUCGCACCUGGGUUUUCAACAAGCGUUGAAUUGCAGAACAAGAAUCGUGAAUUGCUUGGUCAUCCAUGGGGUGAUUGUGAGAAUCGUGAAAAACUUUCUGAUUUUCCAUAUAAAUAUGACAAGUCGAGCUGCGAGAGGCAAUGCCAGCAAAAGUUUAUCAUGGAUCAAUGUGGUUGCGUAACUUCUAUUCAACCGAUACCUGAUAAUCUGAAAAACAUGUCUAUGUGUGGAAAAAUGGACCUCAAGAAUUUAAACAGUGACUCGCCUAACAUUAGCCAAAUUGCAGAAGAAAUCGAUAAACUUGAGUGUGAGCAUGCUAAAAAGAGGGUCCUCAAAAAAGACUAUCCCACAGAGAAUAAGUGUGAUUGUCCUAGAGCCUGCCACAAUACCAUAUAUGAUUACACAAUCUCACAGUGUGAGUGGCCAUCUGAAGGUGUCAUGCUUGACUUCUACAAACAUGCGAUAACUCUCCGGGAUAUGCAGGGCUCUGGAUACUUACACUCAACCAUGUACAACCUCCUUGAUAGCAAAGUGAACUCAAACAAUACGAAGGAGAAUCGUGCAAACCAAGAAAUGAUUAGAAAGAAUUUCUUGAGACUGAAUGUUUUUUUCUCUUCUUUGAAUACUGAGAUCACAAAGCAGGUUGUGGAAUAUACAUUCACAGAUUUGAUAUCUGGGGUGGGGGGAGGGUUUGGUGUUUAUGUUGGUUUCUCUAUUGUCACUAUCUGUGAGUUUUGCGUACUUUUUGCACAUCUUGUGAAGGCAAUGAUGAACUACAGAAAAAAUGCAGUGAACGAUGAACCAUGGGCUUUCAAGAGAAAGUCAAUGGAUAUACCAAGUAGCAAAUAGUAUCAUCUAUUGUAAAGAAUUCAUAUAUUAAUUGUAUAUAUUGUAAAUAAUUGUAAAUUAUUACUGGGCCUCUAGGAAGACCAGUUUUGUACUGAUAGAGCUACCCAGAAUAAAUAUAGUUUUCAAAUCAAAUGUAAGCACAGUAACAUUAAGUUAUAUCACCAUUAUAUUAUAUCAUAUUGUAACUAGGCUAGAGUGACAUCUAUUGUAAAGAGUUAAUACUGUAACCAGGACACAUACAUUGUAGAGAGUAUCAUCUGCACAUAUAGAGAGUUACAUAUCUUUUAAAGUAUUAAUAUUGUAACCAAUACACAUCAGCUAAUAUGAGAGCAUUGGAUAUAUGGAUGAUAUGGCAAAUGAUAUUGUGAAUAGAGCUAUGCUUGAG